AUGCCCCCAGUGCUGAGGGCCACCAAUUUGGCUACCCCCCUGGCGCUGAGCGCCUGCAGUAUCAUCAACCUUCUGGUGGUCAGUCCUCCCCAGGCACUGAGCACCCCCAGUAUCAUCAGCCUUCUGGCGGUCAGUCCUCCCAGGGCGCAUAUCCUCCUUAUCCCUCUCAUCCUGGCGCAUUCCCCAACUACUCUCAUGCACCUCCCCCCUCCGAGGCUCAACCAUAUCAUGCUCCCCCCCUCCGAGGCUCAACCAUAUCCGCUCCCCCCCUCCGAGGCUCAACCAUAUCACGCUCCCCCCUCCCAGUCGCAACCAUAUCACGCUCCCCCCUCCGAGUCACAACCAUAUCAUGCUCCCCCCUCCCAGUCGCAACCAUAUCACGCUCCCCCCUCCCAGUCGCAACCAUAUCACGCUCCCCCCUCCGACUCUCAACCAUAUCACGACAACAAUGGCUACGCUAGCGGACACGAUGACGACAUGGACAUGGACAUCCCAGACAUCCCACAGCCGCAGCCCCCUGCACAGAAUUAUUGGGAGCAGCCUGGUGUCACGAAUCUCAACAGCCCCCCCAAGCCCAGAACCAAAUGUCGCCUCCAUCAGUCGUCUCUAUCAUUGUCUCCCUCUCCCCCACCCCAGCCAGCAUUCAUGCUCCCACCGAAAUCGCAAACAUCUGACCACAAUAGUCAUGCCGCCUUCGACACAUCAACAAGACGUAAAACCUCCUCCAGCAAAUCUUCGCACUCUAGGACCGUGUCGAUGUCGUUGGCACCUGUAUCCACGUCCCCAACAUCGCUCUCAUUCUCCAAGGGAAAGGGGAGGCAGGACAACCUCAACAAGCUCAACAACGACAUUGAGAGCAUUCAGUCGGACCGCGUCACUCGGGAGGAGCUCAAGAACGAGCACCAUAUGGUGAAAUAUGACCUUGCACGCCAGAUUGUCAAUGGAUCAUUUGUUGUCUUCUAA